AUGCAAUUCUCUAUCAUCUCCGUCGUUGCCGCCCUCGCCGCUACUACCUCUGCCUUGAAUCUUCCCACAAAUGGCACGGCCACCUCGGCACCCUACCCUACCGGCACUGGCGCUGGCUCUCCUAGCAACGCCAAGCCUACUUCAUCGACCCUCCCCUUCACUGGAGGCGCCUCGCACAUGGCCGGUUCCGCUCUCGGUCUCAUUGUUGCUGGUGGUGUUGCUCUGAUGAUCUAA